UUCGUCCUCCCUUGCUGGACUACGCAGAGUAGCGCGCUGGUUUUUAACUUUCGCCAACAUUCCUAACGAUAUCUCCGCCACAAAAAGUCGUGUGUGUCCUCUACUCUUCAUCUCGCAAGCGCUUGCCACUGCUGCUCACCUUUCCCAUCCGCGCUUUGAGGCACGUUUCUCGAAUUGUCUGUCUCAAAGAGCCGCUGCCACCUUCCUAUUAGACUCGGUGCAUUCCAGAGUAACUCACACUCUUUCCUCUCUCCUGCUGCCUCUCUCUCACCUCCUCUCUCUCUCUCACCUCCUCUCUCUGGUGUCAGUCCAAGUGAAGUGGCUGUGUCUGUUCUUCUGCUCUCGUGAGUCUCCGAUUGCAGAAUUGGCCGCUCGGUUGACAUCAGAGAGCCUUAUUCAAGUGAACUCCCCUCUCGAACAGCUCAUCCAUCCUCCAUCAUAUCAUUUCGCGGCAGCAGCAGUAGCAGCCCUCGACAGCUCUCGAAAGCUCUCGGCAGCAGCAGGCGUUGAGCGAGUGAAGGGCAGGCAAGCGAAGUUAGUAUCUCUCAGACGAAAAGGCUCUCACAAUGAGUUACUGGAAGACCAAGGUGCUCCCCAAGAUCAAAAAGUUUCUCGACAAGGGAAACAAAAAGGGAGCUUCUGUGUUCGGCAAGAAGUUCGACACCCAAAAGGAAGCUUUUGGAAAGGACAUUGAGGACAAGAAGGAAGAGUUCCAACCGAAAGUAGUUGACAUCUAUAAGAACUCGUCUCCCGAAACUCAGGCUGUGUUGAAAAAUCCAACUGAAGAGAGUCUCAAGGAGAAGCCCGAUGCUGUCCAGGCCUUACUGGUGGAGCUCGCCAAAGCAGGUAUUCCCGGAGCGCAGCUGCUGAGCGAUGCGACGGCCAAAUUCGGGGUAGGCUUUCUGCCGGAGCCAGUGCUGUUCGUGCUGGGAAAGGUGUCGCCCUUCGUGGUGGACGAGCCGGCGCCAGUGCUGCCACCGGCGCCCGAGGCCGCCCCGGCCACGGAGACGGUGGAGGUUGCGAGCAAGGACAUCGAGCUGCCCGCCGACACGACGCCCAGCAGCGCGGCUGCGCCCGAGGCCGGCGCCAAGGAGGUCGAGGUGCCCGCCGCGACGCCCGCCGCUGCGCCAUUGGAAGAGAAGAAGAGCGAGCCCGAAGCUGUCGUCGCGGCGCCUGAGCCUGCUGCUUCCGCCGCUGCCACCCCUCCGGCCGUCGAGCCCGUCGCUGCCCCAACCCCCGCCGCUCCUGCUGCUACCCCAGCCGCCGAAGUCGCAGCCCCCGCUGCUGCCCCCACCGCUGCCCCCCCGGCCGCUGCUGCGCCAGCCCCCGCCGCCACCGAGACCAAGGCCCCAUCAUCGUAGUUGAAGAAUUUUCCCCUCACCACCGCCACCACCACCAUCACCACCACCAACUACCACCUCCACCACCACCACCCGCCGCCAUGAUAGUGUAAUGUGUUAAUGUUGUGUUUAGAAGAAGAUGAUGAAACUGAAAAUUGGUCGAGAGUGUUGUAGACUCUCAUUAAAGGUUGCUGCUCUUCGGAGGGACGGAGAUUGGCCAUGCUAGAUGCUGCAAGGAUUUCCUCCGGAGGGUAGAUGUUCUCGAGCUCAGAGAGGAUGGGCUCGGAACAGAGAUGCGUGUAUACUGAACGUGGGGUGUGCUCAGAUUCGUGAUUGCUUGGUUGAUCCUUUUGCUGUGCAUAUAAAAAUCACAUAAGUGGAGAAGAGCAUCUGUCUUCACCCCGGUCCUAGGUCUAUGUCCACUCCUAGUUUUGUGUCCCUUAGUUUAGUGCUGAAGGUCUCAUUCCUCAAUUAUUUUUUGUGAAUAGUCGUUAAAUCAUUUAUUGACCAGUCAUUCGACGAAGCCUAUGUGGACUGUACAACAUAAUAAAGGAGACUACUCUGAU